AUGGACGCUGUGCAGAAAGCAGACAUUCAGACUAUUCCCACGACCUUCAGGAAGCCACCACCCACGAAGUUCCUCGGCCACGAGGACGGACAGCCAUUCUACAGGUGGUACAUCACAGAAGACGAGUACCACCGGCUGUGCAAGGUCUUCGGAGGGCGCGACUUCCAGGAGACUGGCAUCGGUGCGACCCUUGUUGUAGGGCAGCCCCAGCCAUGCAAACACUGCGGGAAGUACACCGAGUUUAUAGACUGGGUGUGGACUGCGAUUCAGCGCAAGGUCCACACGGCAGAUUUCAUGUUCGAGGCGCUGAAGGACGGUCGCCAAUCCAAGGAGAACAUGCACGACGUAUACUGCUCCCGGUGUGGGACUCUGACAGACUGCCGCUCGAGAAACAAUGCUGAGGGUGGCGCCCCGAACAUUUUGCUAGCUGGGCCACUGCAAAAUUAUGACAGGACAAAAUCCUAUUCCCUUCAAGCGUCGGGAGCCACUUCGCCGCCCCAGCCGAUGCCAAGAUGGGGGAAAUGGUGGCUCGAUGACGAGGGAAAUACCGCAGCGUGGAGAAACAGUGUACAGUCUGCUGCUGCAGAGACUUCGCAGUAG